AUGGGUGGUGUGGCAUGGACUGAGGAAGAAGACCAUUUGCUCAAGAGGUGUAUAGAGCAAUACGGUGAAGGGAAGUGGCAUAGAGUCCCUCAAUUAGCCGGACUGAACCGGUGCCGCAAGAGCUGUCGACUGAGAUGGCUAAACUACCUCCGGCCAAACAUCAAGAGAGGGAGUUUCACCGAGGAGGAAGUGGAUCUUAUCAUCCAGCUCCACAGUCUCCUGGGCAACAGGUGGUCGUUGAUUGCGGGUAGGCUUCCCGGGAGGACCGCCAAUGAUGUGAAGAACUACUGGAACUGUCACCUUAGCAAGAAGCUGGAUCCCCAGCAGAUCAGCAACCAUGAAGACAACGACCUGAACACGAGCCAACCGAGGGACUUCGCCUCAUCAUCAGGAGGCUGGACACAGCCAACAACAGUUGCUCUUAAAGCUCCAAGCUCAGCGCAUGGCCCAAUGCCAGAAGAAAUUGGCACUUCACCAUCACCACCACCAAAGUUGUAUGCUGAUCAGGAUGAACUCAACAAUAGUAAUCCUCCAUUCUUUGAAGAGGAUGGGCAUGUUCUUGGAGAUCUGGGCAUGGACUUGCAGUUUGAUGGGUCAGCUGGGUUGAUGCAAAGCAGCAACCAGUGGGAUUGGGAUGACUUGAUUUCUGACUUGGAUCUUUGGGGGUGA